UAUUGAAACUUGGAAGAAAUUUGAUGCUACCAAUCAUUAAAAUCAUCUAAUUUCUACUUCUCUUUUGCCAUUUCUCUCCAUUACUUGCAAAUCUUUCAUUUCAUCUAUUCUCAUUGCAUGGUAUUGACAUUAAAGAAAUAAGCCUUUUUCAAGUCGCGUCUUCCUUUGUGUAUAAGGUUCAUCAUGAGAUUUUCCAUGUCUAUCUGCCAACAAACACAUCAUCACGUGCUCGACAUUUCCGCCGGCGGGCUCAAAAUGGACAUUGUAACUCCUAGGUGGCAGAAAGCAAAGGCGGUGAUUUUAAUGGGGGCAACAGGCACUGGCAAAUCGAGACUCUCUAUAGAACUGGCAACCCAAUUCCCUUCAGAAAUAAUUAACUCAGAUAAAAUGCAAAUUUACAAAGGCCUUGAAGUAACGACCAACAAAAUCACUGAAGAAGAGAGGUCCGGGAUACCCCACCACCUAUUAGGAGAAGUAAAUCCUAAUGCAGACUUCAUAGCAAAAGAUUUUUGCAAUAUGGCUUCGCUUGCUAUUGAAUCUAUUUCGACCAGGGGUUUGCUUCCAAUUAUUGUCGGAGGCUCUAAUUCAUACAUUGAGGCCCUGGUGGAUGAUGCAGAUUUUAGAUUCCGAUCAAAAUACGAGUGUUGCUUCCUGUGGGUGGAUGUGUCGAUGACUGUGCUAAACGAAUUCCUGCACAAGCGAGUCGAUGAAAUGGUUGGCAAUGGAAUGGUUGAUGAGGUGAGGAAAAUCUUCGAUCCCUACGCAGAUUACUCCAGAGGGAUCAGGAGAUCCAUCGGGGUCCCAGAACUGGACAAGUACUUAAGGGCUGAAGUAUUUUUGAACGGAGAAAAUUGCGACAGACUACUUCUCGAAGCAAUACGUGAGAUUAAAUAUAACAACUGCAAGUUAGCUCGUCGCCAAUUGGAAAAAAUCCGUCGGUUGAAAAAUGUAAAGGGUUGGAACAUUCAUCGGAUUGAUGCCACUCAAGUAUUCCUGAACCGCGGAAACAGGAAAGAAGAGGAGUUGUGGAAUAAGCAAGUGGCCAGACCCAGUAGCGCCAUUGUUAGAGAAUUUCUUUGCAGCGUUACAGCAGGGAAGGCCCCUGCUGCCACUGCAGGAAUGACAAAAGAUUAUGUUGCACAAUGUCUGGUCUCCUAAAUUCAAUAAUAUUGUUCUUAUUUCACUAUGAUCAGUCAAUAGCAACUUUUCUUGCUAUUGGAGAGUUUUGCAAACAGUGCAUGUCACUUUACUGGAGUUUGUAUGGUUGGUGGAUGGAAUUAACAAGCUCAGAUACCAAGUGUAAACUCGUUACUCUAUUUGAUGUAUAAUUCAAAUCCAAAUGUCAGCGACCA